AUGAGGCUGGUAGAGCAAACAGGUCUUUUCCAGGCGGAAGUUGUAGAAGCUUUAAUGGAGGUGGCGGCUUCAUUCAUAGCAGCCGCUACAACCUUCCCGGAUGGAGGCAGUAAUUUCAAAAGCGAUGGUGGCAGAGGAGGAUUUGGACAAGGAAGUGGCCACGGACGGUUGAACAAAGGCCAAGACCAACGAUCUCCAGAACAUGUAGUUUUAUUAGGAGCGUACCUGUAUCCCUGUGGAGAUGACAUAGUUUUUAAAUGUACUGCAGACAAAAAUAAGGUGCUUUACUUCAGCGCUCCAGUUUAUUUAGAGAGCAAAGAACAGAUUAGUAAAGUGGCUGACAUAUGUGGACAAUUUAGAGAUUUUUUUUCCGUUAAAUUGUCAGAAAAUAUGAAGGCACUUUCCUUUAAAAACCUGCAAUUUCACAUGAACCCAAAUAAACUGCUCCCACUGCAGAGGUUUUUACCUCCAUCUCCAGGUGAGAAGGGACCUCCAAGAGGUGGUGGCAGGAGGAAGAGGUGGAGGAGGCCCAGUGGGCGGAGGGGCGGUUUCAGACGCGCAAGAGGAGGUGGAGAUGGAGGCUUCAGAGGAGGAAGGGGGGUCGUGGUUCUGACGGAAAGGACAUUCAGAGUAACAGUUCAGGAGAAACUUCCUGCAUGAUCUGC